GUCUGCCCCGCGGUGCUGUCGUCCCAGUCAGCCCUCCGCUCGCCGAGGUCACAGGAUGAAGGUGUGUCAGCUGCUGGUCCUCGGCUGCCUGCUGGCCGGCGCUCUGGCGCUGCCCAGCACACUCCAAGACAAGGAAGGUAGGUACAAAACCGGAAAGCUGUCGGCUGAGAAGCCUAAGUUUGAUGGUAUGCAGCCGAACUUAGAUGGUAUGAAGAAGCCAGCGUCGGAUGACAAGAAGACGGCCCUACUCGGCGACACUGGCACUCCCAGCGUGCGCUCCGGCGCGGUGAGCUGCGGAUCUCACGUUAUCACCGAGGGCUCGUCGGCGGUGAUUGAGUCGCCAAACUACCCGUCCAACUACAACAGUAACGCGUACUGCGCCUAUUCGUUCACCACCGACACCGGUAAGGAGCUCCAGCUGAACUGCGAGACAUUCGAGCUAGAGGGUGGCCAAUGGUGCGAGUUCGACGGGCUGCGGGUUAACGACGUCAUGUACUGCGGCACCAGAAGGCCGUCGGCCGUGGGCGGAUCUAGUCUCGACAUCGUCUUCUUCAGCGACGAAAGCGUCGUCAAAAAGGGCUACCGGUGCACGGUGACGGUGGUGGAGCCGACCGUGGUGCCGGCCGGCUCACAGCUCGGCUGCGGUACUAGCCGACUGGCGCGCGGCAAGUACACCAUCACCGACGGCGACGGCGACUACAGCAACGACGUCGACUGCUACUACCAGCUGUACGCCGACCAGGCCGGCGACCAGCUGUCGGUGACGUGCUCGCAGUUCGACGUCGAGGACGACUCGAGCUGCUCGUUCGACUGGCUGUCUCUGAACGGCAUUAGAUAUUGCAGCACCAGCGGACCGAGUGACGUGGCUGCUAUCGACCGCAUGUCGAUCCACUGGCACACUGACUUCUCGGAGGUGCGGCCGGGCUUCGGGUGUACCGUCACCGUCGGAGAGACGCCGCCGCCCUCCGACGCCUGCGCCUGCGGCCAAGUCAACCGCGCCUCGCGCAUCGUCGGCGGUGAGGAGACCGAGGCCAACGAGUACCCGUGGCAGGCGGCUAUAUAUAGGAUAGACCGAGAGCUUACUUUCUGCGGCGGCACCGUCAUCAACAGUCUCUACGUGCUAACGUCGGCCCGCUGCACGGCCAGGUCGUCGGCCAGCGAUAUCAAGGUCCAACUGCGCAAGCACCUCACCGGCCAGGACGACAACGAGAUCCGAUUCAACGUCGCCCAGAUCAAGGUGCACCCGCACUACGAUCCUCAUCCGGACACACACCACAACGACUUUGCCCUGCUGAGGCUGGCCACGGCCAUCACCUUCCCCGCCGACAAUAAGAUCGCACCCGCCUGCAUGCCGACCGCCUCCAACGACUUUGUCGGCGCCGACGCCAUCGUCACCGGCUUCGGCACCACCUCGCAAGGCGGUCCCAAGCCCGACACGCUGCACGAGGUUACCGUCCCCAUAAUCAGCUACUCUGAAUGCGCGUCGGCCUAUGCUGACAAAAGAAUCAUCACCUCCAGCAUGAUUUGCACCGACAACGCCAACCACAAGGGCUGGUGUGAUGGAGAUCAGGGCGGCCCGCUCGUCAGCCUGGAGAACGACCGCUACUCGCUCGUCGGCGUCGUCUCCCGGUCCAUCGGCUGCGCGACUGAAAAAUACCCGGGCGUGUACGCCAGGGUCACCGACGCGCUCUCGUGGAUUUGGACCAGCGCCGCUGACGGCGAGUACUGCCGCGACCCUGCCGCCAACUGAGGCUGACGGGUGACAACGGCCGCCGGCCCCAUGUCCCCAGGCACCGUCCCAUGUCUAAAGGGGCCGUUCCAUGUCCACAGGUGCCAUCCCAUAUCCACAGGGACCUUCCCAUGUCUAUAGGGAUCAUCUGAUGGCCAUAUGACUAUCCCAUGUCCACAGUGACUGUCCGAUGUCUUAUACAGGGGCCGACGGAUAGGGCCAAUAAGUCCACUGGGUGGAAUAUUGGGUCAUUGGGGGCACUAUGGGGUCUGAGUGAGCUGUCCAGGGUCUUACAUUUUUAGACGAGCGUGCAUUUUCUUAUAUAAGUUUAUCGUUUUAUUUUGUGUUCGCAAUUUCCUUCACAGGGAACACGUCUCUAGCGUAAUACCUUAUUUAUUAUAAGAGAGAGAGAGAGAGAGAGAGAGAGAGAGAGAGAGAGAGAGAGAGAGAGAGAGAGAGAGAGAGAGAGAGAGAGAUACUUUAUUUACAGACCCGUGGUCCACAAAUGGGAAUGAAGGGGAUAUUCACACUUCACACAUGGGGUUAUAAGAGCUGCUAUUAAAAAUCAAGCCAUGUUAUGUGUUGUCUGUUGACCGUCUGUAUUUGAGUGAUGAUUAAAUAAAGAUGCAUUGUUGGGAUA